CAUUUCACAACAUCGAGACAGCGGAUCGGGCCGUACGCAGCAGCAGCAGCAGCAGCUUUGCCCUCAGGGCUUUUUUCUCCCGACGUCGACCAUAAACUAACAAUUUGGAUUCAACGCGCGGAUGAGGGCAAUUACAGGACUUAAUCUAUCAUAAUGUCUGCUUUCCGAUCCGAUCGACUGUUAGUCAAAUGAGUUAAGCAAUGGCUAAAGAGAUCUGAGUCGUCCCCCGGGUGCGAGAAGUGGCUCUUUAAAUGAAUCCCAACUAACAGAAAAAUCACCUUCAUUUCACCGAGAAGCAGAUCGGUGGACAUCAUGUACAGAUUGACGGAUUUUACACUCAGAAAGCCACUGGGUGCGUUUGAUUUCGGAUUACUGUGACACACAGGACGAGUUUUUGAAGGGGGAAGAUUUUUAAGGAGUCUGCUUCCUCUCGCUCCUGUUCGCUGUCCUUCGGGUUCCUGCAGGACUCCAGAGUCGCGGAGAGCCCAUGCAGUCGCCAAGGGAGAGGAGUGAAGUGCGACCCCGAGCUGGAUGGAUGGUUAUGGGGAAAAGAGGAAGACCCUCGGCGCUUGACGUGUGUAGAGUCCUCGCCGUGAUACUCUCACUCUUCCCCUCCGUGAGUCUGCAGUGCAAGAUCCUCAAGUGUAACUCAGAAUUUUGGGCCUCCACCUCGAACUCUGGACCGGAGGAGGAGUUUUGCACAGCGCUGCGAUCGUACAACAGCUGUGUACGCCGGACCGCACGUACCUGCAGGGGUGACUUGGCGUACCACUCCGCCCAGCAUGGCAUAGAGGAUCUAAUGAGCCAACACAACUGCUCCAAGGAGGGGCCGACAUCCCAACCACGUGCCCGCACUCCGCUUCCUCCUCCACCACCGCCGCUCCUGCCUGACAGCCAGGAACGCUCCGAUGGCCCGGAAGUGUGCCACUAUGAGCGCAGUCUUCCACGCAACACAGCGCCGCCUAACUACACCCACUGUGGCUUCUUUGGAGACCCGCACCUCCGAACCUUUGGUGACGACUUCCAGACGUGUAAAGUGGAAGGGGCCUGGCCGCUCAUCCACAACAAAUACCUGUCUGUCCAGGUGACCAACACUCCUGUAGUGCCGGGUUCUUUGGCCACCGCCACAAGCAAGCUGACAAUCAUCUUUAAGAAUUUCCAGGAAUGUGUGGACCAGAAGAUGUACCACGCAGAGACGGAUGAGCUGCCAGCUGCAUUUGCAGAUGGCUCCAAGAACGGAGGGGAUCGGCACGGAGCGAACACUCUGCGUGUGGUGGAGAAGGUUCCUGGGCAGCAUGUGGAGAUUCAGGCCAGGUACAUUGGAACAACCAUAGUGGUCCGGCAGGUCGGCCGCUACCUGACCUUUGCCGUACGGAUGCCGGAGGAAGUUGUGAACUCUGUGGAGGAAGGUGAUAAUCAGGACUUGUACCUGUGUCUUCACGGCUGUCCUGCCAACCAGCGCAUCGACUUCAGGAACUUCAGGGCUCGAGCAGCGGAGGCGCACAGCGCAGGCAGGACCAGGAGCGGCACCGGGACACAAGGCUUUACCUACCAGUCUGCCAAGGCCAAGUGCAAAGAGCGGCUCCCAGUGGAGGACCUGUACUUUCAGUCCUGCGUGUUUGACCUCCUCUCCUCUGGAGACAUAAACUUCACCAUGGCAGCCUACUACGCCUUUGAGGAUGUAAAAAUGCUCCACUCAAACAGCCAGAGAUACCACAUAUUUGAAAAGGAUGCUUUUAUGAGCAAUGCAGCACAGACGGGCAAAGAUUUUCUUUCACUCUUCUUCCUCAAUCUCCUCGCUGUCUUAUUGUGGAUUGAGUGUUGCACAGUUCAUCUAUAGUCCCUUUACAACAGUAACCUCAUAGUGUAUCUGUCAGUGAGUGUUAGAGUACCAUCGCUGUGUCGUACAUUGGCCGGUGGCUUGUCAACAGGGUCAUCCCAGCCCUGAGUCUCAUUUUAGUUGUAUUGUCAUGUCUUGACUUCAGUCUAAUGACAAGACGACUUCACCGUGCUCCCACCUAUCAUCACAUGUAUUUAGCUGGUUCAUAGGACUGGUCUUUGAUGAGAGCAGCGGUGAGAGAGCCCAGCUACUCCAGAGCUCAGGAUAUCCACCUGGGAUUAAACCCCACAUUCUCACCAGGGCUGCAUGCCUAUGGGAAGCCGGACAAGAUGAUCUUUUGCAGAAAGAGAAGUUUGUUGAUCCUCCCUCCCCUGAUCCCCUCAUUGGUGCCAAGCCAGUGAAGCUCUCUGUGGCUCAUGUGGCGAGGCAAGAGGACCUGACAGGGGCUUUUGUUAACCUAAGGCCAGAAGCAGCUCUGUUUGAUUAGUUUCCAGCUUUGGAAAAGCCUGAGCCUUUUGGAGGAAGCACUCAGCCAAAAGGAUGUCAGAGCAGCGUCUCCAGUUGUCUGCUGUGGAGAUUAAUGGGUCAUAUUGUUAGUGUGUGUGUGUAUUAGUACAACAUGUGUGCAGAAUUCAGCGUCUGUGGUUAAUUUUGUGUGUUUGUGGGUGCAGGAAUUCCCAGAAAUGAGAUAACAAACCUCCAGUGGGAGAAAUCUUUCCCAUGUCUUUAAGUUGCACCCAAAAUUUCAGACAUAGAAAAGUCGAGGCGCUCCACAGUCUGUUCAAAUGGACUCUAUCAGCCAAGUAGCAAAUCCCAAAAGGGAACUGAUUAAAAAUAGUCUUUUUUCAUCUGUACAUCAUCUUCAUUGUCAUAUAGCCUUUCACUCCAUUGUUUGAGCUGAUGUUGAUCAGAGAGUGUUUUGUAUUUUUAAGUCUGUAAUGUGAAUGUAGCUAACAAGAAAGCAAAAGAACAACUUUAGUUAAGGGCACUCAGAGUGUUUACAGAAUUCAGAUCAACCAGUCAAACUACAACACCUUUUUGAUAACAUUUUGUGAAUUUAACUCUCCAUUACAAGUCUGUCACCAACAGCGGUGUAGAUACUGUUAGUACUAGCUGUAAAGAUGUCACCUCUAGUCAGUUUAGCAUUUUAUAGACUACCAGUGGGCUGACCUGACUGUGGCUUAGUGUGUAAAUGAUAAGCAUAUGUCUGUAGAUGUGAUUUCAUGGCUUAAGUCAUUGCCAAAGAACAAGCCCUUGUGCCAACAUUUCCCUAACAACUGAAUUUUCAUCUUUCAGUCUGAAACAAUUCAGAUUAGGGGGAUUCUUAAUUGUAUAUAACUUGUGUUUGCAGGUGAAUUUGUGUUACACAGAAAAAUGAUAGUAACACAUUAUAAAAGCAGCAUUUGUUUCUGUUUUUGUAGUCUUACCUUUGCUUUCCUUGUGUUUCACGAUAGCACUCUUUGCUACAAGAGGUUUCCAUUUGAAUUUUGGCUCUCAGCUGCAGUAUCUGGUAAUGUGUACGUCAUCCCUGAAGACACCAUUACUACUCGGGCACAGUUUUACGGUCAUUUAUCCUUUACACUAAAGUAUUUGGCAGGCCUUACUAGUGCUAUUUGGAAUAUGUGUUGGUGCAGUUUAACAACAACAAAAAAAUCCUACAAACAAAUGAUUGUAAUGUUGAAUCUUGUGUUAAUAGAUGUAAUUUGUAAUGUGAGUUUUACAGUAUAUGGUUCUACACGUGUAAUGUGAGAUUGUACAUAUGUGAGUUGUUGAGUUUAAAUUUGUAAAUUACCAGUUGUGUUUUGAAUUUAUCACUCCAGUUUUUGUACAUGAGAUGUUUUGGUGAAUGUGAACCUUUUUUUUAUUUGAAAAGGGAUUUUUGCAAAAACAUAAAAACCACAGAACAAAAUACUCUACUAAAUACAGUAUACUCAGUGAUAAAGUCCUGGAUGUCAUCAAGUUUUUCUCACUUGGUCAUAGAUCAAAUAAAGCAUCCUAAAUGCAGCCCACCUUAUCUAGAAAGGGUAUGUAGGAAUGUGUUCUGGGGUGUUCAUGUUUUUGAGUUUAAAGCACUUUAUGUUUUCUUUUUCAUUUUAGCGCUUAUUUUGAAAUUCUGUGUCAGACUUGUACUGGUUUAAAAAGUUGUGUGUUUUGUUUUUUUUUUUUUUUUUUUGUUUUUUUUUUAAAUAGCUGAAUGGGAAAUGCCAGAAAGAUCAAACUGUAUGUAAAGCAAAUGUUGUGCCACACAUGCCAGCUGUUUAUAAUGUAAAUUAUUUAUUGAAUAAAAGAAAAUGUCUUGUUAGUGUCUCA